AUGCCUCCGAAGAGACGACCUCGCCGGGAUGAGGAUGAGCUGCAAUCUAUCCGAGGCGGCGCUGCCGUUACACAAGAUCUUCCGUCCAUGCCUUCGCGGUUCGACACGUCCUACGGCUCUGCUCCCUCGACCAUGCCGCGGAACGUCAGGCGCGGCCAGGUUCGCAACAUCCAGACUGCGGUUCAAGACGCCUUGAAUGACGAUGACAGCGACGAUGACGAUGCGCGAGGCUCAAAGUCAAAGCCCAAGUCCACCCCGAAGCCGAAGCCGUCCCGUCCCGUUCAGAAAGAACCGGAGCCCGAGCCGGAGCCCGAACCAGAUUUCGGUCCGGGUAAUGGUUCAGAUUCAGAUUUACCAGUCUCUCCAAGAGACUUGACGCCAGAGCCGCCCAGGGCGCACAACUCACCUCGGCGUAGCCCGCCCGGAAUAGCCCCAACGGUUGAACCUGCUUCAUUCCAAGGAGAUCUCCCUCGCGGUGCUCGUGGCCAAAGAUUUCUGCCCAGUGCUGCGCCGCCCAGAGGCUCCGACGUCGCGCCAGGUCAAACACCAAGGAGAGCAUCUUCCGAAGGACCCGUCUUGCCGCCGACAACCAACACUUCCUCAGGCAAUCCUGGCCCGUCGAGGCUCAACCCGCCUACCAGAGGCUCUCUCUUCCAACGGGCGGUUUCUGAAGAUCGUGAUCGCUACGCCCUGCGUCGCUCCGGUUCGGAAGAACCGGUCCGGACGCCUGAUUCUACGCGGACCUUUGGCCAGGAGAGCUCGUUGUUCGGUGACGCGGUUAUCGGGUCCACCCCCAACAAGUCACCUUCCCCUGGCAACCGGCCAAUCACCACAAUUGAGGAGGAAGACUCGCCCAUCGAGGCUGAGGAUCGCGAGGCAGCGAUCGUCAAGAGUCCCUCGAAGCGCCCGGUUUUGCGUCACCCGAAACAUAACCCACCCAUGGCUCCGCGAUCUUUCAACCAGACCGAGCCGCGAGACCCAGAUAUGCAACAGAGGGUGGAAGAGGAGCGGGAGAAGGACGAAGCAGAGCAGCAAGCCCUCCGAAGCGAGCGCAAAGCGCGACUCCAAGCAUGGCCAAGGAUCUACGUACCCAUUUACAGCUGGACCAAGACUGCGCGUCCCGACACACCCCCUGUCCCUACUGAUGGCACCCCGCAGAGGCGACCGGGCCGACAGACACCCAUGGACCAGCUUGGAUGGGGACCGUGGCUCAUGUUCACAAUCGCCGACACAUUCGUGGACGUCCUCGGCUUCAUCUUUUCACCCGAAGCUUGGCUUAUUAGGACUGCAGUAGCGGUUUUGCUUCUGUCUUUCUUGGGAUGGACGAUUUUCUCGGGACUUUCUGCCAUUCCCGCAUUCAGUCUCGGCGGUUUGCAGUGGUAUGGCUUCUCCGAUAUUGCCCACAACCUCGGACAGUUCAUGCCACUGUGGGUGACGCGACCCUCCACGAUGUUCAGCGACGAGGAUACCAGAGAGUAUUUACGACAGCAACGCGAUCACGAGUAUGAGAUAACGAAACUGAUGACGUCCACCAAGCUUCACGAAGGUUCGCUGUCAAAGCUGGAGCAGAUCAUGCCCAAGAUUGUCCGCAUGGAGCUGGACAAGCAAGGACGACCUGUGGUGUCUCAAGAUUUCUACCACGCUCUGCGAGACCUAAUGAAGAGCGACAAGGAGGUCUUGACGCUGGACAGAGGUCAUGGCGGCUAUCACUACAUAUCUGACGAGCACUGGCGAGCGAUCAGGGACAAGCUCAAGAAAGACCCUGUUUAUCAGAAGGCGGCGAAUCCUCCGGCGCCAGGAGUUUCUCCCAGCCAAGUCGAGGACAUCUUUCAGAACAACUUCUCCAAGAGUUGGGAGAAGUGGCUCAGAAACAACAACCAGCAGGUGGCCAAGAUCUUGGAGCCUGCUUUUGGCACCUCCAUUCCUGACAAGAUCGAGAAAGACCUUGGACAGAAACUUGAGAAGUAUGUCAAGGAUCUAUACAAGGAGAAGGGUACAAAGGAUGUUGUCGUCACGCGAGAAGAGUUCAUCCGGCAUCUCAAGGGCGAAUUCGCUACUCAUCGCAACGAAGUCAAGGCUGAGGUUCAAGAGUUGCAGAAGAAGCUGGAGGACUUUAUCUCCAAAUCGGUCGAUCUUGCCAUGAGUAAAGCCCCGCCUUCAGGAGUCUCCCGUGCCGAGAUGAUCCAUUUCGUCGACGACUUGGUCCGGCAGGCAAUCGCGAAUGCCGGUCUUGAGGCACUCGCCAAGGGCAAGAUUGGUGCAAACUGGAAUCAUGAGCUGAGUCGCCAGGUCAAUUACCUGACGGUUGGCGGUGGCACCAUCAUCGAUCCCAUGCAUACCUCUCCGAAUUUCAAACCAAAAUUCAAGGGACCCAUUGGGUCAGCUGCUUGGAUGGAUAGCACAAGGCGUAGUCCCUUUAUUCUUCCACCCUCCAAGACCCAGCUUCGCUGGGAAGAUGAUGGCGAGUGCUGGUGUGGCGAAAAGGCAAUCGACAAGCAAGGGCGGCCACUGGGCGUAUUCAUCUCUUAUCUGAUCAGUCACGAGAUCGUCCCCCAGCACCUUGUGGUCGAACACAUCCUCCCUAGCGCUACUUGGAACGCCGAGGCUCGGCCGAAGGAAUUGGAAGUCUGGGCUUACAUUACGGAGAUCAAUCUGCGUAGCCGCGUCGAGGACUUUUCCGCCAGCCACUUCCCCUCGAACCCCCGCGAGAAGUGGCUGGAGGAUGGUUGGAUCAAGAUCAGCCAGUUCACAUAUGAGAGCAACGAUGCUUCCGGCGGCAUCCACGUCCAUCAGCUCAGCCCUGAGUUGGUAACACUGGGAGCCGCGACGGAUCAUAUCAUUAUCCGUGCGGUCAGCAACCACGGUGCUGAUCACACUUGUUUCUACAGAAACCGUUUGUUUGGGGAGAGGCUCGUUUGA